AUGCGUGAUAAAUUUAGAGUUAUUUCAUUGGUAUUUCUUGUAGCAGCAUGUGUAUUGCUUGUUAUUGGUAUGGCAACAAGAUGGUAUUAUGUCACAAGCAGUGAUUCUGCAGCAACUAUAGAAACAACCUAUUCGUUUUAUGGCCCAAGAAUUGUAGUGGAUGAAUUUUCAAUCACUAUGAAAAAGAAAUAUUCAUUAAGUUAUGGUGAUCUUGGUUUAGACAAAACCCAUAAUUAUUUUAAUUCAUGCUUGGCAAUGUGUGCAAUAGCAUUUAUCAUUGGAUUUGUAGCUGUGAUUUUAACAAUUCUUAAUAUACUAAAUGUUAUACCAGAUAAAACAUGGAUAAUUUCAAGAAUUUUAAUGAUUUUCGUAUUAAUAUUAAACUUUAUUGGUGUCGUAGUAGCCGCCGGUUUCACUCAAGGUUUCAAAAAUGACAAUUUUGUUAUUUGCAGAGGAGAAGGAUCCUGUCAAAAUAAAUGGAGAGGUACAUAUUAUGGACUUACCACAACCAAAUUUGGUGGUGGUACAGGUUUUUAUUUAUGUAUGGUAGCUAUUUUCCCAUCAGUAGGUGCUGCAGCUACUGCAAUUGCAAGUUUUAUUAUUGGAAGAAAUACACCAAAAGAAUAA